AUGGCAGACGCGCAGACGCUGGACCUCUUCGACGGCCUGCCGCUCGACUACAAUUUCCUGGAGGGCGGCGACGCGCCUGCAGACGGCUCCAUGAGUGCCGGCGGCGGCGGCAGCAACACGGCGCCCGUCAGCAGCGGCGGUGUCGGUGUCGGCGGCGGCGGUUUCGUGGCGCCCGACGACCAAAUGCUGCUGGACAGCGACGUGCCCGGCUCCUCGCCCACCAACAUGAUGGCGCCCAAGUCCGAGGGCGAGGACCUGCUCACUCCGCUCACCUUCUCCUUCAACUCGAACGGAGCGGCGGCCGUGGGUCCCAACUACCGCGUGGCGCCGCAGCACAAGCACAAGCGAGUGCGCUCCAAUCCGGACGAGCUGCAGGGCUUCGGCAUGGCCAACAUGGCGCCCAGUGUCAUCACCCCGCCCGUCAUGGGGCACAACGGCAUGAGCUUCCAUCAGCAGCAAAACAUGAUGCCUAUCGGUCCCGUCCAGGCGGAGCCUCAGGUCAGCCCUGUACCUUUCGGAGGCGCUGCGACGCCCCAGGGAGAGUCAUUCCAAGAGAUGGACGAGUUCCUGAAGGAACUCUCGUGGUCGGAGCUCAACGCCGAGCAGCAGCAGCAGCAACAGCAGCAGCAGAUGCCGAUGGUAAGCGCAGCAACGACGGGUGGGAAUGGGAUGCCUGUUGGAGGGGCGUCGCCUGUGGCCUACCGCUCUCAGCGCAUCCAAGAUGGAGUAAACGAGCUCAAGAUGAAGCGCAAGCGUCCGGUCAACCACCACUCGAGGCACCACUCAAACCCCGUGGAUCUACUGCACAACUUGGACCAGUUCCGCAUCCUGGCGCAGCAGACCAAGCAGCAGCAACAGGUUCAGCAGUUGCAGCAGCAGCAGCAAGUGCCGCAGCAACAGAACAUGAACCCGAACCAAGGGUACCCGAAUCCGUUCGCCAGCUUCCAGGACCCGACAGUAUUCCCGCCGCCCCCGCAGCCCAACAUGCAGGCGAGUAUGCAGCCGAAUAUGCAGCAGUUCCAGUUUCAGGUGCCGCCUCAAAUUGCCAGCGGAGCGGCGCACUCCUUGCACGCUCGGCGAUCAUCGCUGGGAAGCAACCUGCCACCCCGAGCUGCGGCUCGCAGACGCGGGGCGAACCGCUCGUCGGGGUUGUCGAUGGAUAUGUCCCAGAUGAACCUGGGGUUCCUCUCCGUUCCGGAGGAGCCGAGCUUGACCGAUCUAAACCCGCACCAGUCGCCGCCGCGACGCAGCGCGAGUACCUCUGCCUCCUCAUUGGGCAGCAAGAAGACAGGCACCGACGAUGCGAAUCGGAAGCUGUACAAGUGUGGACGCUGCGGGCAGCCCAAGGUGGGCCACAUCUGCACGAUGCCCGACCAGCGCAACAACUGGACGCAGGUCGAUCUGGAGGUGACCAAGGGGCUCAAGGUCAUGCGCAUCAACUGCCACAUCAUGCCGGUGAAGAGCAAGUGGAUGGCGCAGUGCGACGACCACGAGCCGCCGCAGCUGUCGGCCAAGGCCGCCGACGUCAAGCGCGAGGAGGAAGUCGAGGCGGAGCCGCUGGGGCUCUGA